UUGAUCGGCUGACAGUUCCUACGCCUUGUUGUUUUGCUCGCUAGCUAGCGUAUCUAACGAAGUCAUUUAGGGUGGCUAGCUUGCUUGCGGUCUAAAUUGGGGUUAUACAGUGGUUAAUUUUCAUUUUCAAUGUGUUUCUCUUAGAUUUAGAAAGCGGUAUAGUUACACAUAUUUGACUAGUCGUGAUAUCAAAGGAGCUGUCACUCCUAUUUAGCUCUCGUGCAGCAUGACUUCUCGGCGACCGGACAAUUUCGAUGGCUUAGGUUACAGAGGUAGAGAGGAUCCUGCUUACAUUGGGGGCUACAGUGGAAGGUCAUUUAAUAAUUCCUCUAGUGUGGACCUGCAGAAUUGGGUAACAACACCGCCAGAUAUUCCAGGUAGCCGAAAUUUACAUUUUGGUGAACGCACGCCCCAAUUUGAGGCGGCCCCUGCAGCACCUGGUGCUGAAGAUACUCUGCCUACGGCUCCUCCAUCCGAGCAGUUGAACAGAUUUGCUGGAUUUGGUAUCGGGCUUGCAAGUCUCUUUACUGAAAAUGUCCUGGCUCACCCUUGCAUUGUGUUUCGUCGUCAGUGCCAGGUCAAUUAUCACGCCAGGUGCUAUCAUCUGUCCCCAUUGACUGCUGUCAGUGUGAUGUAUAAUGUCACCAAGAGUCAGGGUCCUAAGGUCUUAUGGAAAGGAAUGGGCAGCACCUUUGUGGUACAGGGAGUCACACUGGGAACAGAAGGCAUCAUAAGUGAAUGCACUCCACUACCACGAGAAUUAUCCCACAAAUGGAACCCCAAGCAAGUUAUUGGGCAUUUGGUUCUAAAAGGUUUGACCUGUGUGGUUGCCAUGCCAUUUUACUCAGCAAGCCUCAUUGAAACUGUGCAGAGUGAGAUCAUCCGGGACAACCCUGGCAUCCUGGACUGUGUGAAGGAGGGUGUGGGCCGGGUCAUGGGAAUGGGCAUCCCCCACAGCAAGCGCCUGCUGCCCCUGUGGGGCCUAAUGCUCCCCACCGUGCUCCACGGGGUCCUCCACUAUGUGGUGAGCUCCACCGUGCAGAGGCUGGUUCUCUUCCUCCUGCGCCGGAGGAGUCCGGCCAAGCAGCCCGUGGACGGCUCGGAGACGGUCCAGACCAUGCUGGACGCCUACUUCCCCGAACUCAUGGCAAGUUUCGUGGCCAGUCUGUGUGCCGACGUCCUCCUCUAUCCGCUGGAGACGGUGAUGCACAGGCUCCACAUCCAGGGCACGCGCACCAUCAUCGACAACACAGACCUGGGCUUUGAGGUCCUGCCCAUCAACACGCAGUAUGAAGGCAUCCGGGACUGUGUAAAUGUGAUCCGGCGAGAGGAGGGAGCCCUGGGAUUCUACAAGGGCUUCGGCUCCAUCGUGGUGCAGUACUCGCUACACGCCGCCGUGCUGCAGAUCACCAAGGUGAUCUAUUCCACCUUGCUGCAAAACGCUUAAAGAAAAACAAUGCAAAAUAUUCAUAAAUGUUAGUUUGACUUGGUGGUUGCCCCCUUGGAACCCUGUUUUUUUUUCAUGCCAGUCAGAGUUGUGCUCAUUCCAGAAAAUGUUGUCACUAAAAUACCAAAAUAUUUAUUCUGUCCAGAAGCACAUUUCAAGUGUUUUGCAGAGAGUGGUGUUCCUCACGUAAUUGUCAGCACUUCCACAAAGCACUGAAUAAUAAUAUGUACUAUAACGCAUGGAAUCAAUAAAUAUCCCCAAUGGUCAUAGAAGGAAAUACACCUAACUUGCAUCUGUCAAACUAACUCAUCCUGGCAUCAUUUAUGUGAAUUAUCAGUCAGUAAUCACACUUUUUUUCUGGUGUUUCUCAUCUGAAAGGAUCUAAUUUCUACAUUGUAUGAAUGUGGCAAUUUGUUGCUUUUGGGUUUGUGUUAGCACUAGCAGAGGAUGGGUUGUGCCAAUUUAUUCAGAAAUGUAUGUACAGAAUGUCUUUAAAUUGUUAUUUGCUUUACGAGUGAUAAUGUAUGUGUGUAAAUCUGUGGCGGUGGGUGGGUAAAAUCACUGGGGAAGCCAGAAAAAAAAGCCAUAUUAAAACCUAUGUGUUGUGAUAAUUGCGUUGUUUGCUCUAUAACCUGUAAGUUCAUAUGCCUUUCGACCGUGAUAUAUAUAUAGGCCUAAAGGCCGAGACAAUAAGAAGACACAGUGGCAGAAU